UCCCCAGCGCUGACCCAUCUCUCCGCCCUCGCCGCUGCCAUGGCGGCAGCUCCGCCGCUCUCCAAGGCUGAGUAUCUGAAGCGAUACUUGUCCGGGGCAGAUGCCAGCGUCGAUGGGGGUCCCGAGUCCGGUCGCAAGCGUCGCAAAAAGCGGCCGAAACCUAGCGGGGCUGGCGGCAAGGGAAUGCGGAUUGUGGAUGAUGAUGUGAGCUGGACAGCUAUCUCUACCACUAAACCAGAAAAGGAGGAAGAGGAAGAUGAUGGAGAUUUGCCUGUGGUGGCUGAGUUUGUGGAUGAGCGGCCAGAAGAGGUAAAGCAGAUGGAGGCCUUUCGUUCCAGUGCUAAAUGGAAGCUUUUGGGAGGCCACAAUGAAGACCUACUCUCACAUAGCUAUCAUGAUUUCCUGGAUUCAUCUCCUCCUAGGAGGGUCCGUCAUGAUUCCCCGGAUUCAUCUCCUCCUAGGAGGGUCCGUCAUGAUUCCCCGGAUUCAUCGCCUCCUAGGAGGGCCCGUCAUGAUUCCCCAGAUCCUUCUCCUCCCAGGAGGGUCCGUCAUGACACCCCAGAUCCGUCUCCCCCAAGAAGGGCCCGUCAUGACUCAGACGCAUCUCCUCCCAGGAGGGUCCGUCAUGACUCUUCAGAUGCUUCACCCCCCAGGAGAGCCCGUCAUGAUUCUCCAGAUCCUUCUCCCCCUAGGAAGCCUCAUCGUAAUUCUACAGGUAUAUCUCCUAGGAGGUUCCGUCAUGACUCACCAGAUUCAUCUCCUAGAAGAGCCUGUCACGGUUCCUCAGAUCUCUCUUCCCCCAGAAGGGCCCAUAACAACUCCCCUAACUUAUCUCAACCUAGGAGGACUCUUGACUCCUCGGACACACGAAAACUCUGGAGGGCCCGUCAUGACUCCCCCGAUUUGGCUUCUGAUGUCACUCAUUCACUGCCCAAAACCAAAAGCAGUAAAGCCCCAGAAAGAGCCUCUAGCAAGAACUCCCCACAUUGGAAGGGGCCAGGACCCUCUCAUUCAUCACUGCCAAAGAACAGCAAACAUGAGUAUGACUCAGACCUCUCUCCUCCACGGAAAAAGCAAGCAAAAUCCCAUUUUGGAGAUAAGAAGCAACUUGGUUCUAAGGGUUAUUCUCCCAGCCAUAGGAAAUUUCAUAUAAGUUCUUCACCUAGGAGACAUCACAGUCACACACUGGAUUCUUCUUCCUAUCUAAGUGACUUUGAGAAAGCCUCUGAUUCAGACCUUUCUCCUCCACGGCAUAAACAGAGUUCAGGGCACCAGGAUUCUGAUUCAGAUCUUUCACCUCCACGGAAUAGACCUCGACACCGGACCUCUGAUUCUGACCUCUCUCCACCAAGGAGGAAACAGAGAACCAGAUCUUCUGAUUCUGAUCUGUCUCCACCUCGAAGGAGUCAGCCUCCUGGAAAGAAGGCUGCACACAUGUAUUCUGGGGCUAAAACUGGGUUGGUGUUAACUGACAUACAGCGAGAGCAGCAGGAGCUCAAGAAACAGGACCAAGAAACCAUGGCAUUUGAAGCUGAAUUUCAGUUUGCUGAAACUGUAUUUCGUGAUAAGUCUGGUCGUAAGAGGAAUUUGAAACUGGAACGUUUAGAGCAAAGGAGGAAAGCAGAGAAAGACUCAGAGAGAGAUGAGCUGUAUGCCCAGUGGGGAAAAGGGCUUGCUCAGAGCCGGCAACAGCAACAAAAUGUGGAGGAUGCAAUGAAAGAGAUGCAAAAACCCCUGGCCCGCUAUAUUGAUGAUGAAGAUCUGGAUCGGAUGCUAAGAGAACAAGAAAGAGAAGGGGACCCCAUGGCCAACUUCAUCAAGAAGAAUAAGGCCAAGGAGAACAAAAAUAAAAAAGUGAGACCUCGCUAUAAUGGUCCAGCACCUCCUCCUAACAGAUUUAAUAUCUGGCCUGGAUAUCGCUGGGAUGGAGUGGACAGAUCCAAUGGAUUUGAACAGAAGCGCUUUGCCAGACUUGCCAGCAAGAAGGCAGUGGAGGAACUUGCCUACAAAUGGAGUGUUGAGGAUAUGUAACUUUCCUGAGGCUGUGGGAGUUGCUGUAGGCCUUGGUAGUAGACACAGGGCAGGGGGACAUCCAGCUAUAACAGUUGUCUAUGCUAAUAUCCAGGGCCCACAAAGACUAGGAACUGUUGGAUGCCAGUUUUGACCACAGAAGAAUAUGUGAGACCUGAUCUCUGGACUGAGGUACCUGUACUGCUCAGGUGUGGCAACACUGGCUAUUGCUGGCUUUCAAAGGAAGCAUUGAUUUCUCAGUGUACCAGGAUUUGUUCUUGGUUAGGAUUUUUCUUUUUCUGUUUUUUAAUAAACAUACAUUUAUUUUUUAAAAAUUA